AUGCAAGAAGAGAGCGCAAAUGAUAUGGAAUGUGUACAGCUGCCAGCAGAGACACUGCGACAAGUGACCAUUCACCGAGACCCUAUUUAUGGCUUUGGCUUCGUGGCCGGCAGUGAGAGGCCUGUGGUGGUUCGAUCUGUGAGGCCAGGAGGCCCCUCUGAGGACAAGCUCCUGGCUGGUGACCAGAUUGUGGCUAUUAAUGAGGAGGACGUGAGUGAAGCCCCCAGGGAGAGGUUCAUAGAACUCAUCAGGAGUGCUAAGGAAGCCAUCGUUCUUACAGUUCUGCACACUCAUCAGUCCCCCAAAUCUGCCUUCAUCAGUGCUGCAAAGAAGGCCAAGCUGAGGUCCAAUCCUGUGAAGGUCCGAUUUUCUGAGCAGGUGGCAGUUGGAGAAACAGAUGCAAAAAUGAUGAAGAAGGAAGCUCUCCUCCUCAUCCCCAAUGUCCUGAAGGUUUUCCUAGAAAAUGGGCAGAUCAAGUCAUUCACAUUUGAUGGCCGGACCACUGUUAAGGAUGUGAUGGUGACCUUACAGGACCGUCUCUCCCUGAGGUACAUUGAGCAUUUUGCUCUUGUCCUUGAGUAUAUUGGGCCAGAACAGAAUCACAAAUUCCUGAUUCUCCAAGACAAGCAGCCCCUGGCUUAUGUGGUACAGCGGACACACUAUCAUGGAAUGAAAUGCCUCUUCCGAAUCAGCUUCUUUCCCAAAGACCCCGUGGAGCUGCUGCGUCGAGAUCCUGCUGCUUUCGAGUACCUAUACAUCCAGAGUCGUAAUGAUGUUAUCCGAGAACGCUUUGGAAUGGACCCCAAGCCAGAGAUGCUUUUGGACCUUGCUGCCCUCCACAUCUAUAUCACUGUCUCAGCCACUCGGCCUAGUCAGAAGAUCACACUCAAGAAUGUGGAGAAGGAAUGGGGCCUGGAACCCUUUCUUCCCCCCUCCCUCCUGCAGGGGAUCAAAGAGAAGAACCUUCGGAAAUCUCUCUCUCAACAACUGAAGGCCCACCAAAUGCAUCCUUCUAGCAGCACCAAGGGCUCCGCAAUUCAAGCAAAGCUCCAGUACCUUCGAAUUCUGAAUGAACUUCCGACCUUCACUGGUGUUUUGUUCAACACUGUAGGCCUGGACGAGAAGCAGUCAGCCACCACUCUCCUGGUGGGACCCCGUCACGGCAUCAGCCAUGUUAUUGACCUCAAAACCAACCUCACCACUGUGCUGUCCGAGUUCAGCAAGAUCAGCAAGAUCCAGCUGUUCCGGGAGAACCAAGGCGUGGCCCGAGUGGAGACCAGCAUCAUGGAUGCCAAGCCUCUGGUGCUGUUGAUGGAGUGGCCUGAAGCCACCAACUUUGCCUGCCUGAUUGCGGGGUACUGCCGCCUUCUGCUGGACUCCAGGAAGAUGGUCUUCUCCAGGCCUGCCAGCCAGCCUCUUCCACCUCCUAUGAUAAAGGCAGAUCACAUGCACAGUACCCACCGCCCUGUCACUGGAAGCCACCUGGGGAAAAAGGAGAGUAGUUAUGUGGGCAGCGUGGGCACCAGCCCUAGGAAGUCGAGCCGAUGCACGACCCCGCCUGCCGACUCUGAGCUUGUCAGCUUCUGCUACCUCCACAUGCGGGAACAAAGGAAGGAGCAAGAAAGCAGGACGGAUGUCAACGAGAACCUAAUCUUCUUCGAAGAAACCAGACCCCGGACCAAAUCGGACCCCACAUCCAAAAGCUCUGGCCAAGGUUAUGAGGUGAUUCCCGAUGACUUUGAUGCAGCCAGCCUAGACCAUGAGCCUUGUGCCAGCAGGGCCCGGUCCUACACUUUGGACAAUUCCCUUGGGGCCGAAGCCCUGAAUUUCUACUGUGACUCUUGCAAAGUCAAACUCCAGGAGCAGCUGGGGCCUCGAAAAGGUGGGAGGCCUGGCUCCUCUCGAGACAAUAUGGUAGACUUAAUGUCCCUCCCACCGCCAGGAAGUGAGGAAGAGGAGGAAGAGGAAGAUGAGACAACUUCUCUGUUGCCAGCCAUUGCGGCCCCACCUCCUGGUUUCCGAGACAACAGCUCUGAUGAGGAUGAUCCCAAGCGCAGGGCUGUUCAAAGUCAGGAGCAAGGACGUCACCUGCGUGGGCUCCUGUAUGAUGAGAUUCCAGUGACACUGAUUGACAGCGUACAGACCCGAACAGUACGAGAUCAUGCCCAGGAGCUGGAUGAUGCACUGGUGUCUACUCUGCAGGCUCUGGAAGCCCUGGCUGCUUCAGAGGAUGGACCCCACCCCCCACCCCCACAGACUGCAGGUCUGAUUGUGCUGGCCACAAUCACUCCUGAAUCAUCGCUAGACUCGGGCCAUGAAACCAACUCUUCAGAGCUCACAGAUAUGUCGGAGAUGAUGUCGGCCAUGAAGCAGCACCAGAACACCACCUACUUCCUGGCCCAGCACCUCAACAAGGACGGCCUCCUUGCCCGAAAGGACCUGCCCUUCAGGAUCCAGAGCUGUGCAGCUCAGGCUGUUCUCACCGCCCCUUAUGCCCUUGGGCCCCCAGAUCCCAACCCAUCCCUUCAGCCAGCUGUCACUGGCCAGAGUCCUGGCCCCCCUGGCGCUCGGAGAAAGCUGCCUCAGUCAGAAGCCCAGGUGCAGGGAGAGAGAACAUACUCCCUGGCAGUGCACCCAGCAUUGUCCCCACAGCUUAGUGAGCAGAAGAAUCUGAGCCUGCUUCCCCCAGUUCCUGAGGACAAAGGCCCAGGUCACACUAGGGCAGGCCUAGAGAUGUCACUGAGGGCAGCCACACCAUCCCUCAGUGAAGAGCAGGUCUCAGAGCUAAGGGAAAACUUGCCCAAGGAAGUCAGGUUGAGCCCUAAGCUUAUCCUGGACCCAAAAGGCAAUGUGACCCCAGCUAUAAUCUCGGCUGCCCUACAGCAGGUAGUACACAGUAAGAGUCUAGCUACUCCUGGCACAGCCUUGGCAACACCCUCCAACAGGGGUGAGAGACGGCUGGAGGCUGGCAUGGGGAGGCCUGAGGUCACUAUGGGCAGGCCAGAAGUUAGCCUGAUGAGCAGCAGCGCCAGCAAGAAUCUGAAGUUUAAAAUGAGCCCUGGUGCUCCGGAGACCACACGGAAUUCUCAGCCGCAGCUGGGCCCCGAGGUCUCUGUCAGCCCCAGAGCAUCCACAAGCCGCCGGGCUGACAACCUCCACCUUUCUCCACAAGAGGACAGGUUUCCUGUUCAGAGCUUCCCUCCUAAGAGCUAUCUAUCCAGAGCGAGUCGAGACUCGGUGGGCAAGCAAGCUACUGGGGAGAUGGCAGGCAAGGGUGGGCCAGAGGGUGCUAAGCCUCCCCCUACCAAGCAGAGCACAGUCUCUGGCCAGGGGGAGAAAGGGCAGCUGGAGAGCACAUCCAAAAGCAGCAAGCUUGAGGAGACCAGCCUGGUCCCCCGAGCCGGCUAUCCCAUGGCUCUGCAGAGCCCAAGCUGCCAGGCUCGAAGCCACAGCCCUAGCUGCCAGGCUCGAAGCCACAGUCCCAGCAGCCAAUCCCGUGGCCCGAGCCCCAGCUGCCAACCUAGAGGCCAGAGCCCACUGAGGCCUCUGGCCACCAGCCGGCAGGUCAGCACCAUGCCCUCUAGGAAGCUUGAAACAACCUUGGAUGGAGCCCACUCGGCCUCUGAAGGCCCCACAAAGCCCAAGUCAUCCCGAGGUCCUUUCCGACUGCGCAACUUAUUCUCUGCCACCUUCCCUACACGCCAGAAGAAAGAGACAGAUGAGCGACAGGCCCAGCUGCAGAAGGUAAAGCAGUAUGAAUUGGAGUUCCUUGAGGAACUUCUAAAGCCACCAAGCCAAGGGGAGCUCCCAGGCACAGAGUACCUGCAACCUCCAGCACCUGGUCGCUGUAGCUGCCAGCUACGCAGUAGCCCUGUGCAGCAAGGACCCGGCAUGUCUCGUGAACAGAGACGCAGCUGUGACUGCAAGCGCAUCUGCCGAGGGGGACGGCCUCAAGCUGCCCAGACCCCAGUGCCUGGCCUCCGGGAGAGGGAGAGGGUCCCCCCUACCCAGAGGCAGCCAGAGGCUGGCCCAGGUUUGAGCCUUGGUAGUCCCAUUAAUAUCCAGCGCAUCCGUUCCACCAGCCUGGAGUCCCGUGAGUGCCGGUCAGACCCUGAGAGUGGCGUUUCUUGCCUGGCCACAUGUGCCUCAGGGGGUGAGUGUUUGGGAGAUCCCAACUACAGGAAACUGAUGCGCCGCUACAGUAUCAGCGAGCUGGACCAGGGUGACAGUGCCUCACUGACCUCAGAUGUCUACCCACACCCACCCUUGGGAAUGCUGCCUAGAGAGGUCAAGGAGAUAGAUACAGGCCUCCCACUAGUCUUGGGUCCAAAAGGCAGGUGUGCAGAGUCACCAACUCUAGGAGACCCCUCCUACGUCCAAGUGGCCCCUGAGAGCAAGGGCCCCAGGCAGAUGGCUGUGUUUUCACUGCCAGAGGAGGUGUACCGGAGGCCAGCUGAUCUAGAUGAGGACAGUGAGAGUAGCAAGUGCUGUUCCAUCCGCUACUGCUUCUAUUACCGCAAGUGUGACAUGGCCGAUGACGCCAGUGAUGGCAAGGAUGAGCUCUCCUAUUCCAUCCCCAUGAAGAUUCUGCCUGGCAUGAAGUUGGAUGAGCAGGUGGUGCCUGUGGUGAGCAGAACCCUGCAAGUACUGGAUGCGGCCACCUGCAGCAGCAGCCCGGAGGUCUCCCACACCCAGGAGAUCGACCUUCGGGUUUCCACCUUUGAGGGGAGCCUGGCUAAAAUCAACGCGCUACGGGCCCACGCUUAUGGCCUCCCUGAUGGCUUCCUGGCUGCCCGUCUGGACACCAAUGAGCUGCUGACCGUCUUGCGGCAGUGUGUGGCCAGCCCCGAGGCCCGUGCCCCCAAGCCCUAUGUCUCUCAGAUUUCUGAGUACAAGCUUGAGCUAGCUCUCAAGUUCAAGGAGCUCCGGGCCUCCUGCCGCCGAGUAGCCAACGUGGACAAGAGCCCGACUCACAUGCUGGCAGCCAUCACAGGCAGCUUCCAGGUGCUGAGCAGCCUCAUUGAGACCUUUGUGCGGCUGGUGUUCAUCGUGCGUUCCGAGGCCCAGCGCCAGGAGCUGCUGGCCAAAGUAGAAGAGGUAGUGAGGAAUUACACCUUCCUGCUGCGUGCCGCUGAGGAGUCCACAGCCCGGAACCUUAACCAGCAGCAGCAACAGCAGCAGCAGCAGCAGCAGCAACAGCAACAGCAACAACAGCAGCAGCAGCAGCAGCCUCAACCGCUGCCACCGCUGCAGCUGCCAGCAGCCACAGGGCACCCACCAGGCUCCCCAUCAUCGACUGUUAUGAGCACAUUCACACACUCCUUAAAAACCUUUAUUAAGUAGGGCACUUGCCCAGGCUUGUCCCCUCCCCAUCCGUGGCCCCAAGUUUGAGCUUUGUGGUCUUUGCAUCUCGUGGUGAGUGUGUGUGUCUGCUGGGCCAGUCAGGGUCCAAUAGCCUAACGGUCUCCAAGGAGUAAAAGCUCCCUAGACUAAGGCUCUCUAUUAAGGGCUGCAGGCUUAGCUGCCGCCCUGGGUGUCGUCACCCCUUACUGGCCUCUGGGCGUCACUGUGAGGGCAAAGGCCCCUCGCCAUUACGCCCACCACAGAGCUGUAUUUUCUCUCUUCUCUGGGGCUGAUAGGUGACAUCAGGUUCACCUUCCGCUCUGAGCUGGGCACGGGAGGAGCCAGGACCUCGAGCUCCUCCUAGCAUCUGCUGCCCCACGGAGGGCAGUGGCAACAACAGUAGGCCACAGCGCCAAGCCAAGGAGAGAGGGCGCUCGUUCCAUAUGCGCCCACCCACCAUGGGUUCCCUUGUACCUGGCAGGAGCCACCUCAAGGGCCAGU